AUGCACCAGCUGUUUUCUCCUCUUGCAGCUCGAGCCUAUGACGCAGCACUUCUCUGUCUCAAAGGAUCUUCAGCUAAUAAUCUCAACUUCCCAGAGAUCUCAUCUUCUCUCUACACUACCAACAAUGAUGAUAACAACAACAUUAUUAACAUGUCUCCUAAGACCAUACAGAGAGUAGCAGCCGCUGCUGCCAACACGGAUCCUUCUUUCUCCUCUGUCUCUAUUUCAUCUCCAUUGCUUUCCUCAUCUCCAUCUGAAGAUCUCUAUGAUGUUAUCUCCAUGUCUCAGUAUGACCAACAAGUAGUUUCCUUGUCUGAAUCAUCAUGGUACAAUUGUUUUGACGGGGAUGAUCAGUUCAUGUUGCCGUAUUUGACAACACCACCUGCUGAUGAUUUCUUUGAGGAAGGAGAUAUCAGACUAUGGAAUUUCUGUUGA